CUCUCUCCUCGCUGGUUCUAUUCCUAUGUGUGUGAGAGAUAGAAGGGCGCCGCAAGCAUCUCAUCUUCGAGGACUUGGAAGGACUUGCACGACGAAUCAACCGAGAAAUUCGGCUGAAACGAACACAUGUAUAAACAGAUAAAGGUCUAGAGUUAUCAGAUAGAGAAAGAAGAGGCAGAUAUCUGGAUUGGAGUUAUUUUCUCUCUUGCCCUAAUCCUGAUCACUGCCUUUCUCUUUAACCAUUCCUUGUUGACACCAUUGCUAGAAUCGGAACCUUCGGAUCUCUUUUCACAGAACUGGAUGAUUAUUGGGAGUUAUUUCGCCUUUCUGGCAGAUUGUACUUGAUUAGGGUUUCUCCUCUUGGUUUUGGUCCUUUGGGGGGGGCGGAUCAAGAGGGUUUCUGGCAGGCCUGGCUGGGAUCCGCUUUUCUUGUUGGAGAUAUUGUCUUAUUUGUUGGUUUUGGGACUUGGUUUUUGCUUGAUGAUAGGGAUUUUUGUGGAGGCAUCGAAUAGGACGGCGGACUAGAUUUUACAGGAGUGUAGCUGUGAUUUGUACUCUGCUGCUGUUGAGUUUUGUUAUGUUGGUGUUUUCCUUGUUUAUGGUGUUUUGAGAAGCGUUUUGGGGGUAGCCAGAUACUGGAUUUUGUAUGGAAUGAUACCUUACCGAGCACAUGGACUCUCUCUAAUUAUUGAGAUACAGCUGUUUUUUUUGGGGCUGAAUUGAUCUCUUUCUCAUCUGUCCGCUUGGUUUCGCUUGGGGAGGAGGCUUUUGUUCUAGCUGUGAUUCCCUGAGACGAAAUAAAAAUGUUCUGAAGCUGGAAAUGAGUGAGAGGACAUGGUGGAUGGACAAGAACAAGGCUGCUGGUCCGUUUUUGUACUGGAACAGCUGUGCUGGAUACUAGUAGGAGUAGAUCGAGGGUCACCGUGCAAUGUCUCGUUGCUUUCCAUUUCCGCCACCGGGAUAUGAGAGGCAGCCUAGGGCUGAGAACCUAGAUUUGUUAGCAAAGGAAAAACGCAAAGAGAAGAAGCAUAAAAAAGAGAAGAAGGAGAAAGAAAAGAGAGAGCGCAAAGAGAAAAAAGAUAAAGAUCGAAGCAAAGAUAAGCGGAAGGAGAAGAAGGAUAGAAAAGAAAAGCACAAAGAUAGGAAAAAAGAUAAGGAUGUUGACAAAGGAAGGUCAUCUGAGGAUAGAAAAGAAAAUGAGGGUACUCACAACCGAGAAAGCUUGCAGAAGGCAGAAGAAGGUAAAGAUUCAAAGUUUGCAGAAGAGUUGGGCAAGAGAACUAGAGAUGAUGGAGCCGCAAAUCCGAUGGUGGGGAGCAUUACAAGCUCUAUUCAUAACAAAAUUGAACAAAUUGUUGUUUCUCGUCCUUCACUGGAGAAGGACAGAGCUACUGAUAAAAAGAUGUUCCCUUUGCAUGUUGGUUCGUCACAAGGAAAUGAUGGCAGCAGCCUUCCUGUUGAGAAUGCUGCUAAUUUUCCUCAGAGAAGAAUUGGGAACACUGCAACUUUCAUGGAUCAAGAAAAAAAUAAAUUGCAUGAAAGAUUCAAUGUUGGCAUCAAUACUGAUCAAAAUCGAAAUCAUGGAAUCUCUCGAUCAAUUGAAGGCUUUCCUGGGGUGGUUAAUAGGAAAACUGAAUACUCUACAGUUGGAAUGGAGAAGGAAAAAAAAUUGGUUUCAAAUUCUAUUGCUCCUGCAAAUAAUAAUAGAGGAAAACUUGGUGCAACAGUUGCGGCUUCAAAUUCAGCUUCAACUAAAGGAAAAAAUGAUGUAUUGGGCUUGUCACUGGACAAUCUCUCCUCCCUUCGUAGCAAAACUGAGCCUAUGGCUAAUUCUAUCAUUCAAAGUAGAAUGGAUGGCAUCGAAAAGGAAAGAUUUAAAGGCGGCGGAAUGUUACCACACCCAGUUACUUCAGCCAACAGUAGACAACAACAACAACAUCAAGCCUUUAUCCCACUACGUGGGGUCAACCAACAACCAAUUACUUCAGAGCAAAGAAGAAAUACCCCCAUUUUUCAGCCAGUACAGAAGGAUAGAAACCAGAAAGAUGAGGUUCCGAAAGGACUCGAGGAUAAAGAACAUACGGCGGCGAAGAAGAAUAAACGGAAGGAUGAAAAUAAGCAUAGUAAGGAGGAGGAGAAAAUAUUGGAGAAGCCUGCAAUGAUUGAAAAUAACAAAAUUAGAAGCUUUGGGAAGAAGGAUCAAAUAGACACUCUUAAUAGCAAGCCGUUAGCCCCUCAUAAAGACAGCUCAGCUGGCAUUAGAGGUGUUGAUGAAACCAGUAAUAAAAGGAAGAAUAUCAAGAUCAAUGGCUUUAUACAGGAAAAUGAUGCAAGGCCUAGCAAGAUACCAAGGAUGGUGGCCUCAUCCUCCCAACCUUUUUCUGGCCUUCCAGUAAAGUCAGAUAUAAUAUUAUUAGAUAAUAAGGAUAAAAGGAUAAAUGGCUCUGCAAAGUCUCAGCAGUUGCCCGAUGGGAACGGCGAAGUUUCUUCGAAAUCGCCUCACCCUGAUUCGAAGUAUCUCGACCAAAUAUACGCCGUACCAAAAAUGGAGCCAUGGUCGGCGAAUGAUGAUGUGGAAUGGCUAUUUAAUCGCUGUGAAUCUUCUCAGCAGAAGCCUAAGAGACAGGCUGUGAGUGAACAAAGUGCACCCCAGGUUUGGGCUAAGGCCUUACGGAUCGAAUCCGCCGAUGUUCUUGCUCUGCCCUAUGUAGUCCCAUUCUGAUCCCAAAGAUUGAUGAGAGAACAUGUAGAGGAAAAGGCAGGAUUGGUCUUUUGCCGGUUGGGGUUACCACACAAUUUUGAUUUGUAUUUCUGUAAAUCUUUUCUACUAAAUAGAAAUAUGUACAAUAGAGGGAAAAAAAUGGUUGGUUGGUUUGUGGGCAAAGAGAAAAACAGCGAUUAUUAUUCAUUUACAUCCUCUGCUUUGCAUAAUUUAAGCAAAAUUAGUUGUUUGAUUUUAUUCAA